UGGAAGAUGAGAUGGGGGAAGUCCCGAGCAGCCAAUCGUCGAGUGACUUCCAUGAGCCGCUGCAGCCGCUGCCCUGGCUGGGUUCGCUGCUUCCAAUGACCCGCUGCCAGUCACCCUAGAGGCAGGUUCCAAUGGGAUCACUUUAAGUGAGUGCAUGAAGCUUGGUCAUACACCAUGUCAUCAUGCGUGUCCAAGAGGGCUUCUUCUGAGAGGUCCAUCCUGCAAGACGACCAUGAAGCAUCAAGUCAGCCUCAUAUUGUCUGUAGUUUCUCAGCGCUGAGUUUAGACCUAGGGAUGGAAUCUAUUAUUGUGGUCACAGAAUAUGAUUCCAGCAUCUCUGAAAGGGACCAUGACCAGAGUGGACAAACUGGGCAGCAAGUGGACGAACCUAAAGAGAACUUCAAGGAACUACCUGAUUUUCAUAGACUUACGGAAAGUGGAUGCAUAACGGUUAACACAGAAGGUAUAGUUAGAGAUAAUACAGAUCAGAGAGCCAAACUUAACAUGACCAAUAGAAAACUUUCACUUCAAGAACGUACUCCAUCUGUGCAGUCUCCAAAUGACAAUGUAGGAGUGAAUGGACGAUAUAUUUAUCCAUCUCUUCCAUAUUCUCCCGUGACAUCACCGCAGUCUUCUCCUCGUUUGCCAAGAAGGCCAACAAUUGAGUCAAACCGGGUUUCUAUUACGGGUUUUCAGGAUUGUGUCCAGCUCAACCAGUACAAGCUUAAAGAUGAGAUUGGUAAGGGCUCGUAUGGAGUGGUGAAACUGGCAUAUAAUGAAGAUGAUAAUACGUACUAUGCAAUGAAAGUUCUUUCAAAGAAGAAACUAAUGAGACAGGCUGGAUUUCCACGUCGCCCACCUCCCAGGGGAACAAAAACCGCUUCUGAUGGUGGUUCACAAGCCAAGGGACCCAUUGAGCGUGUCUACCAGGAAAUCGCAAUUUUAAAGAAACUUGACCAUCCUAACGUUGUUAAGUUAAUUGAGGUGCUGGAUGACCCCAGUGAGGACCAUCUGUACAUGGUGUUUGAAUUGGUUAAGCGGGGGGCAGUCAUGGAUGUUCCUACUACCAAUCCGCUAACAGAAGACCAGGCACGUUUUUACUUCCAGGAUCUUAUUAAAGGAAUUGAGUUUUUACACUAUCAGAAAAUCAUACAUCGCGAUGUCAAACCAUCCAAUCUCUUGGUGGGUGAAGAUGGUCACAUUAAGAUUGCUGACUUUGGAGUCAGUAACCAGUUUGAAGGAACAGAUGCUUUUUUGUCUAACACAGUGGGUACGCCAGCAUUCAUGGCUCCUGAGACCCUCUCUGAAACACACACAAUAUUUUCAGGAAAGGCUCUGGAUGUUUGGGCUAUGGGAGUCACCUUGUACUGCUUUGUAUUUGGUCAGUGUCCAUUUAUGGAUGAGAGCAUUUUGUCACUUCAUGGAAAAAUAAAGAACCAAGUUCUGGAGUUUCCAGACCAGCCAGAAAUGUCAGAAGACCUGAAAGACCUUAUUCUGAAAAUGUUGGAUAAAACCCCAGAGUCUAGAAUUUCGGUUCCUGAUAUAAAGCUACAUCCAUGGGUGACUAAAAAUGGUGCCGAGCCUCUCCCUAGUGAAGAUGAAAACUGCACCCUGAUUGAAGUAACUGAAGAAGAGGUGGAAAAUUCUGUGAAGCACAUUCCCAGCUUGGCAACAGUGAUAUUGGUAAAAACUAUGCUGCGGAAACGUUCCUUUGGGAAUCCAUUUGAAGGAAGCCGAAAAGAAGAAAGAUCUAUGUCUUCUGGAAAUUUACAGACAAAAAACAAGUCAGGGAAUAUAUCCACGAAAGGAUUCAAGGCAGUGAUGAAAGCCUAAGAGACAACAAUCUGCAAGAAUUAGGAGAGGACGAGGUUCUAUCUUGAGGGCAUCUGACAUGACUAGGGCUUCAUCUAUGACCUGGGCAUGAACGUACCAUGUAUA